UGAAAAUGUCUUUCCCAGAACCGUAUGUUCAUCCUCCAAUUACCACACACACACAUACAAUAAUUCUCCUCCACGGCCGCGGCAGCUUCGGCCGUGAACUCGCCGAAGAACUCUUUUUCUCCAACACCACCAACAAUCAAAAUCUACCAACGACUCUUCCAACUGUCCGCUGGGUCUUCCCAACGUCCCGCAAUUACUGGGAUACCAAGUUUGAGGAAGAAAUACCGGAGUGGUUCGAUGCAUAUUCGCUUACCAAUAUUGAGGAGAGACAAGAGCUGCAGGUUGAGGGGUUGAAAGAAUCGAUCAAGUAUAUUUUAGAGAUAUUGGAGAAGGAUAUUGAGUUGGUUGGUGAUGCUGGGAAUGUGUUUCUGGGAGGAAUGAGUAUGGGGAUGGCGGUUGUGAUGUGGGUGGUUGUUCACUAUCUCGCUUCUGCAACAGGAAAUAAUAAGGCGUUAGGAGGGGUACUGGUAUUCAGUGGAUGGUUUCCGUUUGCUAGACAGACCGAGGAGUUCAUUACUACUGCUGGUGCUGACGCGGCUGGGUUCCAGCGGUUGAUAUCUUCAGUGCUGGGUGGAACCGUUCCUGGCAUCGAAGAUCAAGAGAGCAUAACACCAACGAGCCUUCCCGUGUGUCUCCUCCAUGGGACAGAUGAUGCCUUUAUCUCCGUCGAACUGGGUCGACAAUCAAGUAGAAUCUUGCAGAAGAUGGGUAUGCCCGUUGAAUGGCAUGAGUAUACUGGAGCGGAGAAUGAAGGGCACUGGAUCAAAGAGCCAGAGGGGUUUGAUAAAAUUGUGAGGUUUCUACGGAGCCAUGGUAUGAAAUAA